UACUUUUUUCUUCCUUUUUUUAACAGUCAAAUAUUCUCUCAAUAGUGUGACCGAGAGAUUUUUCUUCCACGCUCGCUCUCUCUCAUUGUCUUCUUCUUCUUCCAACAUCAAAUCUCAUCACAUCAUCUCUAGGGUAAUCUCGUCUUCCUUCUCGGAUCCAUGUGAGCGACAAGUUAGCAUGGGUUUGGUGACCAUCUCUCCUGCGUUGAUUUUUUGCAGGCUAAUAACUAGCACCUGACUCUAUCUGAACCAGCCAUUAGGAGAUUGUCCUGAGGAUGUCUAGUGGUCGAAACACUCACUGGUGUCACAGAUGUCAACGUGGUGUCUUCCUUCGUGGUAGAGACUCUCUCUGUCCCUAUUGUGGAGGAGGGUUUGUCGAAGAAAUCGAUGUAACGCCUCAUAGUAGCACCUUAGAUAUGCUUAGAGCUCACAGAGAUGUUGAGCGUGAUCCAACGUUUGAUCUCGUUGAAGCUUUCUCAGCUUUUAUGAGAAGCCGUUUAGCUGACAGAGAACUAACCGGAAGACUUGGUGGAUCUGGUCGUUCUGAAAGCUUCUCAAGUAUAGCUCCUUUCUUGAUCUUUAGUGGCCAAGCUAAUAAUAAUAAUAGUUCAGUCGAAGCGUUACUCAACGGGUCACCUGCCAUUGGUAUCACUAGUGGCAACACCAAUGCUGGAGAUUACUUCUACGGACCAGGUCUUGAAGAACUGAUUGAGCAGCUUUCAUCGGGGACUAGUCACCAUAGAGGUCCACCACCUGCAGCAAAAUCAUCUAUUGAUUCAUUACCAACCAUAAAGAUCACACAGAAGCAUCUCAAGUCGUCAGACUCUCACUGUCCGGUUUGCAAAGACGAGUUUGAGUUGAAGUCGGAAGCAAAACAGAUGCCGUGUAAACAUGUAUAUCAUUCUGACUGCAUUGUCCCUUGGCUGGUUCAGCAUAACACAUGCCCGGUUUGUCGUAAGGAGUUACCAUCAGGAGGAUCGUCUUCAAGUGCACAGAGUGAUCAGAACAGAAGCACGAAUAGAAGAAGGAAUAUUUUCUCUAGUCUCUGGCCAUUCCGCUCGUCUAGCUCAAGCUCUACACAUAACCGCAGAGACACAAACAAUACAGCCGUUGCUGAAGAAGGCCAAUAUAAUCAUCAUCACCAACAACAUCAUCAACAACAAUCCAAUAGGGGUUAUAGUGGUUGGCCUUUUGACUAUUAAAUCUUUGUUAAGGCUUUGUAUCUCACUUUGGUCUUUUGUAUUUUGUUUCAUUGUUUUGUCUUGUUCUGCAUUCACUUACUGGUAGAUCUUAUCAUUAUGUAGCUUAUGAUUUAUCAACUUUGUGUUUUAAUUAUUA